CUUCAUUGAAAAAUCUUAACAUUAUUCCCCUUCUUACUAACUUACAUUAACAACACAACAUGGGUAAAGGAAAGCCAAGAGGUCUUAACUCGGCCAGAAAGUUGAGAGUGCACCGUCGUAACAACAGAUGGGCUGAUGAAGCUUACAAGGCCAGAUUAUUAGGAACUGCCUUCAAGUCCUCUCCAUUCGGUGGUUCUUCCCACGCUAAGGGAAUUGUCUUGGAAAAGAUCGGUAUUGAAUCCAAGCAACCUAACUCCGCUAUUAGAAAGUGUGUCAGAGUCCAAUUAAUCAAGAACGGUAAGAAGGUCACUGCUUUCGUUCCAAACGAUGGUUGUUUGAACUUUGUCGAUGAAAACGACGAAGUCUUGUUGGCCGGUUUCGGUAGAAGAGGUAAGGCUAAGGGUGAUAUCCCAGGUGUCAGAUUCAAGGUUGUCAAGGUUUCUGGUGUUUCUUUGUUGGCCUUGUGGAAGGAAAAGAAGGAAAAGCCAAGAUCGUAAUCAUCCUCUGGUAAUAUGUGUAUAUUGAUAAUCCAAUGCAUAAAUUUGUAACAGACAAAUCGUUUUAUUA